AUGUAUACCAUAAUUCCUGAUAUUUAUGAUUUAACCUCUGAUGCGCCUGAAAACAUUUCUGAAUGUUCAAGUGGUAAAAGGAUAAAUGAAUAUAUUACAAAAUUGGAGAGUAUUUCAAAUAAACGAGAAAUUGAUGCGUUAGUAUCGAGAAUGAAAAUAACAAAAGUUAAUCAUUUUGAUAGUUCUACAUAUAAAGUUUUUACUAGAUCGCAAAAAGAAAUAAAGUUGAGGAAACAAACUCGCUUUAUGAGGAGUGAGAAUACUGACUAG